GUGGCUCUAUUUUAAGAAGAGUAUAAAUUGUGCUGAAAGCGAUAAGAUUUGACAUCUGCAAUGUCGAGAGAGGAUUACAACCACGCGAUUAGCACUAACAAAUCUGACACCAACCUGGAGACCAUUAGCAUCACAGGUCAGGACUCACACAGUGAUCUUUUUAAAGUCGAUGAUGUACAUCUCAAGAGAUCUCUCAAAGACAGACACAUCGGAAUGAUAGCUCUUGUGAGUGUCUUCGGAACAGGAUUGUUUCUUAGCAGUGGCGGUACGCUAGCCAAAACUGGGCCCGUGGGUAUUAUACUAGCCUAUGCUAUUAUAGGAGUUGUUGUAGGGCUGAACCAAAUGGCUUUUGCCGAGACGGCUUCCCUGGCUCCACUAACGGGUUCUACUAUCAGACAUGCGGAAAUUUUCAUUGACGAAGCUGUAGGCUUUGCUUUGGGAUACCUAUCUCUUUGGCAAGCCAUUCUUCCAGGAGGACUUGUUUCUGCAGCCCUGGUGAUUCAGUAUUGGAGCAGUCUUAAUCCCGCAGUUUGGAUUAGUGUUUUACUCGUUCCAAUUGCGCUCACCAACAUUUUCUCUAUCCGAGUGUAUGGAGAAGUAGAAUUUGUAUUUGCUCUUCUCAAAAUAGGACUCAUCCUGAUUUUGGUCUUUGCAGGUCUUAUUCUAGAUUUAGGUGGAGUCAAGGGACAAGAAAGGCUAGGUUUCCAUUACUGGAAAGACCCUGGCCCUUUUGCAGAAUUCAUCACAACAGGAAAUACUGGAAAAUUCGUUGGAUUUUGGGCAGCCCUUUCCUCAGUUGUUUAUGCUUACGGUGGAGUACAGGGAAUUGCUAUGCUAGCUGGAGAAACUCAGAACCCAAGAACGAACAUUCCGCGUGCGGCCAAAAGAAUCUUGUACCGAGUCGUGGGACUGUAUAUGGUGGCUGUAUUCAUAUUGAGCCUGAUCGUGCCGUACAACGAUAAGAGAAUAGCUGUCAGCGACGGAACUGCUGCACACUCUCCCUAUGUUAUUGCAUUUGAAAGGGCGGGAAUUAAAGUAUUACCUCACGUCGUUAAUGCUCUGACAUUAUGCUCUGCCUGGUCUGAAGCCAACUCUGGUGUUACGCACACUGCAAGAGUUCUAUUCUCUUUGGCUUCAAAGAAACAAGCACCAAGUAUAUUUCUAAAAACAAAUGAUCGAUUUAAAGUUCCUUUUGUCGGGGUUGCUUUGGGGUUGGUAUUCUUGGCAUUGGCUUACAUGUCUGUUGAUAGCACCGCAGCAACGGUAUUCAGCUGGUUCCAAAAUAUUACCUCAUCCAAUCUUCUCCUCAAUUGGAUAUUGAUCUCCAUUAAUCAUAUUCGAAUGAAUAGGGCCCUCAAAGCUCAGGGGUUCCAAAGGUCCGAUUUGCCAUACCAAAACAGAAUAGCCCCUGCUGGAGCAUGGAUUUCUUUAAUAGCUUCCAUAAUAUUGUUGAUCACUGGCGGCUUUACCACCUUCAUCCAUGGACAUUGGAAAGUCUCGACACUUGUUUCAGCCUAUUGUUCUCCAGUUUUAUUUACAGUGUUAUACCUAGCAUGGAAGCUGGUAAAGAAGUCGCCUCAGAUCCCAAUUGAAGAGAUAAUUAUUCCUGUUCUAUUAGAAGACUACAGAACAAGGCCAGAAGAUCCAGUUGAAAAGCUUAAAGGAUGGAAGAUACUUACACUGCUAUGGAGUUAA